AUGAGUUUUCGCGGCCGAGGUGGAAGAGGAGCUCGGUCAGUCAGCAAAUCAAUCAACGUGACGAUACAUGGACGGCAUCCACACACUGCCCUCGCCUGUCUGUCUGUCUGUCUGUCUGUCUGUCUGUCGACUCAUUGCAUCUUUCUCAGGGGAGGCAGAGGUGGCUCUGACAGAGGCGGCGGUUUCCGCGGCCGAGGAAGGGGCCGGGGCGGAGGGGGCUACCAGCCCUCAGGACCUCCCAGCGAGAUACAGGCAAGUACCAAAACAGACAGCACAGCCAUCCACACACAGAGGUCGGUUGGGUGUGCGUCUGUCUGCAGGAGUUGGGUGUGUUUCUGCAUCCGUGUGAGGGCGAGUUGGUGUGCCAGAGCAGCCUGGCGCAGCGGGUGGCCUACUUCAACGGCCGGGUCUUCCUCGAGAAUAAGGAGGAGAUCGGCAAGGUCGACGAGAUACUCGGACCUAUCAACCAGGUCGGUGUCGGUCGACCCCUGAGGUGUUGAUCGAUGCACAUAACACGACAGACACUGGUGCGUGGCUGAUGGACGGACAUGUGUGUCUGUGUGUCAGUCUUUCUUCUCGGUCAAGUUGGCAGAGGGCAUGGUGGCCACCUCCUUCGCGCCAAACACCAAGGUCUGUCUGCCUGCCGGCCUGCCUGUCUGUCUGUGCCUGCCCCCUCGUCCACCCAUUCGGCUGUCCUUAUGCGCAGGUGUUCAUCGACCCCCAGCAGACUCUGCCGCUAGAGCGGUUCCUUUCCAAACCCCCAAUACAGAAGGGGCAGAAGAAGCCAAAGUCACAAGGUACCCCCCCUCCCCGCCGUACACCCACACUCCAACCUGCCUCUCCGCUGCCUGUGGACAGAUGGAUCUUCGCGUGGAGGCAGGGGCGGCCGCGGCGGGUCUUUUCGGGGCCGAGGGGGCGACAGAGGCUCGUUCAGGGGCAGAGGGGGCAGGUACGCCCACGACCCACCUCACUCAUCCACUCACAAGCAUCCACUGCAUGGUCUGUCUGUCUGUCUGUCCAGCGGCUCACGAGGGAGGGGCGGUCGGGGCGGCUUUGACAGAGGUGGUGGGUCAUUCCGCGGGCGGGGUGGUGGGGGAGGGUCGUUCAGGGGCAGGGGCAGGGGCGGGUAGAUUGGCAUUCAUUCAUUCAGACAGACGCAGAAAGAGAUGCACCGAUGGCUGGAUGCUAUUAGUGACAGACCGAGAGAGGGAGAGAGGGAGCCUUGUGAAUGGGUGAGUGUGGCUGCCUGCACGGCGAGUAGUGGCGGGGGCUGAGGUUGUCCUGUUGCGCUGUCAGCAGCAGCUGCAUCAUAGAGAAGUGAAGAGAGCAAGGCAGACCUACAAGCACCUUUCUCUAUGCGUGACGAGACGCUCAUAAAUGUGUGCCAGCCGGGGGAUAUCUCGCCCUCUAAAGUAGCUCGGAAGGCCUACACUGCCCGCACAUAAUAUCAAUAUGACAACAGCAAACUCAGCAAACUGGACGUUGGAGCGAGAGUCGCGAAGAUCCCGUGAGCUCGCGAUCGAACGCCCAAUUCCCGACUGAAAUCCUGUUUCUGAGCCCACUUACGGCUCUCAGACCGUCCCCUGUCUGCGCGUGCUGUCCCUGUCCCCCUGUGCAACAACUUGACCGCUUCAGGCGAGACGGCAUACCUUGGGGCUCAGCCGUCUCCUUCGUGUUUCAUUGCAGGAUGGUGGCUAAAGCGGCGUCGACUGCUGCAGCCCUUGUGCUGCUGCUGGUACUGGCGGCAUCUGUCAGCGUGUGCGCCUCUGCGACGCACUUCAAGGGCGCCAACCCGCUCAAGGGUGUGACUGACCCACAGGAUGUCUCCAGCCUUGAUUUCAUUGGGCUGUGUGUAUGUUUCUCCGAUACCUGCCAGGUGGGACUCUCAGCAUGGCGGCCGUCGGUGUGAACGGCACACAGCCUCGCGACCCCUGCAACACAAUGGUAAACGACCAGAAGUGCCGUUACGUCGACACCUCGGGAGAAACGACGUGCGGCAAGCACCCCGACCUCGGGUACAAGUGCAAGUGCACCGACGGCAGCUGCAAGACCCCGGUGCGCACACACACUCGCAUAUCACACACAAUGAGCAUCAUGUCUCUGGCUGGGUACAUACCCGUCGUCUCUACUUCGCCAGGCUGCCUACAAACACCUCCUCACCGAUACGUCCGCUGCCGAGCCCCCGGCCACCCGCACGGCUGCCACCCGCACUGCCAGUCGCCCUGCCACCUCCCAGCAGCCCGCCCAGCAGCGCCAGCGAAGGACUGGCGCCACAGCUCUCACGGUCAACGAGCAGCUGGAGAAAGAAGAGGCGUGUAAGUCUUACACGCAGAAGUGCCGCCGGGCGAGUCCAGGCCAAAGUGCGGCACUUACCACGGAUACACGUGCACAUGCAACGAGGGCGGAUACUGCGUGGUAUGUAGGAGGGCGAAUCACCACCACUAUAAACGGUCUCACUGUCUCUCAUGCAAUGUGUCGCGGGUGUGUGUGUGUAUGGUGCAGUGAUACAGCCGAAACAGGCGGCCGGCCACCAGGAGAAGUCAUGCAGCGCGGCCCUUUUCUUUUGUUGUCAAGAGUGA